AAUCUGAAAGCCACGGAUCGCCAGCGUGGCACGAUCCCAGCCGUCCGAUCCGCCCCUAGAGACAACCGGGAUAUCUAGCAUUUGUCAUAUCCUCGUAGUAUUUAUCCCACGUUCCCUCUCAUUCGGCUUACACUGCUACAAAAACAUUGAAAGAAAUAGAAAAAGCAAAACUGGUUUCUCGCAUUUCCUCCGAAACAAACCGUUUCGCUCGUUUCUCGGAUCAGCAAUGGAAGCCCCACCCAAAGGCGCUGCUGGAAGAAGAGGUGACAGGAAGAAGUCCGUUUCCAAAUCCAUCAAAGCUGGCCUCCAAUUCCCCGUCAGCCGCGUCGCCAGGUACUUGAAGAAAGGCCGUUACUCUCGCCGCCUUGGCACCGGCGCUCCCAUUUAUCUCGCCGCCGUUCUCGAAUAUCUCGCCGCAGAAGUGUUGGAGCUGGCCGGGAACGCUGCACGUGACAACAAGAAGAAUAGGAUUAACCCUAGGCACGUGUUGCUGGCGGUGAGGAAUGAUGAUGAGCUGGGGAAACUGCUUCAAGGUGUGACUAUUGCUAGCGGUGGAGUGUUGCCGAACAUUAACCCGGUUUUGUUGCCUAAGAAGAGUACCACUGCGCCUUCUGAGAAGUCCUCUACUCCUAAGUCCCCCAAAUCUCCUAAGAAGAAAUAGAAGUUUCAUUUUGUAAAGGCUUAUCGUUUUUUUUUUUUUUUGGGGGGGGGGGGGGGGUAGGGGUUGGUAACAUUACCAUAUAUAUAUAUAUAUAGUUCUUAGGUUAGGUGAAGUAUGAUGGUGUAAUUUAGCGCCAGGUGUUCGCUUUUUUGCUUUUUUGGUCACCCCAUCGAUGGCUGAAUAUGAUGUUAAAUGUAGUGGGUUGCCAAUUCGUGUAUGGAAGAAGCCUUUUUCAUUUACUUGCCGGUUUUAUUUAUU